GUGCAUAUGGGUAUUUGUGAGAUCCUUGCUGGAUAGGGAUCAGAGUCUUGUUCCUACAAGACACUCGUAGCCAUGGCACUCUCCGCGCUUCCCUUCUCUUUCUCUUCUGUUUCAUCUUUGCGCUCAUCAUUGCAGAGGACGGAGCUGAAAGCUGGAAAUUCAUGGAAUUCGACCUUUAGUACCAAGUCUCAGCCAAUAGUGUCCCAAUCGCCGAACAACAGUUCAGGUCGGAGAGUUUGGCGCCGACGAAAAUUGACAAAGAAAGAUGACAUGCGAAAGUACAGAAUGGAGCGAACACCUUUCCUCGAGGAGCAAGUGAGGGUGAUAAAUGAAAGAGGAGGACUCAUGUCAAUGGAUAUCGAGAGGCUGUUACUAUCGGAGGAUAAUCGAUUUGACUUUGUGAAUGAGGUGGCGGCCGAGGCCAUUUCUUAUGUUGAAAGCAACCGGGACGAGUAUGGAGGUACAAAGAAGGCAAUCCUUCAUGUUCUGAGCAACCGAAUGAAUGAUGCUGGGUUUUCCCGGCCUGAAGCAUAUGCAGAAUCCGAUCCUUUCAAGCCUGGCCCUGGUUAUUUGAAGGAAGAACUCACAUAACAAAAGUCUGAUAUGAAAAAUUAAAUGUUGUUAGUCUCUCAAUGAUGGUGUAUUAACAUUACCUUUCCCUUUUCGUUCAUGUACGUGGUUUUGUUCUAACAAAUGCCCUUUCAGAGUUUCAUGAAGUUAAUCUUGAAUCUUUCUAGAUU